UCUCUAGUUUAAUUUCCUGAAUCUAAUGUGAAGAAACAGGAAUGCUUGAACACAGAUGUCACUUCUACAGGGGAAAAAAGUUUAAAAACAAGUAAAUCACAGAAAACGUCGUUUCCUUUUGCUAAUAGAGCGCCUGAAUUCGGUGGAAAUAGCAAAAAUAAUAUAUCACCAUUCUUGGGACUGCAAACAAAUUCGAAAAUGAGUGACAAUUUUUCAAGAACACCAUAUUCUGAUGGGCACGCUGCAACCCAUGAGGAAGCAUCAAAACCCCACUACACUACCACUACGAGUUCUUUUAGUAGAACUCCGGUCUCGCCGUACCUCAACUAUGAUUCGCGAUAUCUGCAGCAAGCACAGCCAGAGUUCAUUUUUCCCGAAGGGGCCAACAAGCAGCGUGGACGCUUCGAGUUGGCCUUCUCUCAGAUAGGCACUUCGGUAAUGAUUGGCGGUGGAAUUGGCGGCCUAGCAGGUGUUUAUAAUGGUUUAAAAGUCACAAAAGCACUCGAGCAGAAGGGAAAAGUUCGUCGAACACAGUUACUUAAUCACAUUAUGAAGCAAGGUUCCGGCACAGCUAACACAUUAGGUACAUUGACGGUGCUGUAUUCGGCUUGUGGAGUUUUGCUGCAGUUUUUCCGCGGAGAAGAUGAUCAUAUAAACACAGUAAUUGCGGGCUCUGCCACAGGACUAUUAUACAAGUCAACAGCUGGCCUUAGGACGUGUGCUUUUGGUGGAGCUAUUGGGCUGGGCAUCUCGUCCCUCUAUUGCUUAUACCUAAUAGCACAGGAAAACAGUUCGAACUCAAGUCCCAAAUACCUAUAGAUGGCUGAAAUAUGUAGUACGCAGGCAUUAAUAGGAUCACUCCUAGCCGAUUAAAAUUAUAAAUACGAAGUUUU